UCGUCGGGCUCGUUCCACGCCGGCUCGCCCAUCCCCAACAUCACGUCGCUGCGCCGCCCGUCGAUUCCGAAAUACCAGACCUUUCCGACGCCUCCGCCCAAGCCCCCGGGCUCGUCCUCGGACGCCGACAGCGACCGCUUCCCCUCCGCCAUCGGCUCCGAUGCCUCGUCCGUCUCCUCGUCCCACGACCACGACGAGACGCCGCUGCCCGUGCGCCAGCUGCUGCUGCUGGCCUUUCUCUCGCUCGCCGAACAGACCGCCCUCAACUCCAUCGGCCCAUAUCUGCCUCAGAUGGUGGCGUCCAUGCCCGGCAUCCCCCCGGAAAAGAGCGGUCUCUACGUCGGCCUGCUGGCCAGCGUCUUCGCCCUGGCCCAGCUGUCCACCAACUUCCUCUGGGGCUACGCGUCGGAUGUGGUUGGCCGGAAGCCGGUGCUGCUGGCCGGCACCUUUUCGCUCAUGGGCUGCUUCGCUGCCUUUGGCUUCUGCAAGCAGUACUGGCAGAUGGUCCUGGUCCACGCCGCCAUGGGGCUGCUCAACGGCAAUGCCGCCUGCGUGCCCAGCAUCCUGGGCGAGAUCACGGACCGGUCGAACCAGAGCAGGGCCUUUACCUACCUACCCAUCAUCUACUCUUUGGGAGGCCUGACUGGCCCUGCGCUGGGAGGGAUCUUGGUCGGGCGCAUGGGCACAGAAUUCCCCUACCUCGGGCCAAACGUCCUAAGCGCCGCUGUUCUUGCGGCCGCCGUCAUUGUGGUGGGCAUCUGGUUCGAGGAGACGCUGGAGGACAUUGACGAUGACCCGUGGAAGCCGACGUGGGCUACGCGGCUCAAGAACUGCAUCUCGGGCAUCUUUAGUCGGACUCCGCGACGACAAUCGUGGAGCUCGCGAUGGCCCCGUCCUCGAACCACUGCUCAAACGCAGCCUCUGCUAUCCCCCGUCUCUGAUGACGCAGCCUCUGAUGACAACGAAGCGAUUACAGACGACGAGAGGGCAAAGCCGGCGGACGACAACCACAAGGAACACACCCCGUGGCGCGAGAUUCUCAACUGCACGACGCUAAUUCUGCUGGCUACCUACCUCUUCUUCCAGCUGGCCAACAUUAGCUUCAACAGCCUGUACCCCAUCUUCGCCGCCUCCCCGGCUCCUGCUGGCCGUGAACUGUCGCCCACAAAGAUUGGCAUCAGCUUGAGUUUUGCGGGACUCGUCACCAUUCUGUUCCAGGCGUUUUUCUUUCAGCCGCUCAAGAGCCGGUUUGGAAACCUGGGCACGUAUCGCUUUGCGCUAUUUGGUCUGGCCGUCAGCAUGAUUGCCAUGCCGUGGAUUGGCUAUGUCGACGAUGAGCCUCUGUUUGGCCUAGGCACCGGAUCAAUGUGGCUGUUUAUUGAGCUUGGGGCUGUGCUCAUUCUCAAGACCAUCUGCGCCGUGGGAGGGCUGUCAUGCGUCAUGCUACUGAUCACCAAUUCGGCACCUUCGCACGACAGUCUCGGGACUCUCAACGGCGUCGCCCAGACUCUGUCCGCGCUGGGCCGCAGCAUCGGUCCUUUUGCCUCUGGCGGCCUGUUCACGGUGUCCAUGGGAAUCCGGCCCAAGGGCGAAGCUCUCGCAUGGAGUCUGUUCGGCGGUUUGGCCUUGCUGGGCUGUAUUGGGUCCUUCUUCAUUCGAGGGAAUGGCCUGGAGAGCGACGACUGGUACGGUGGAGAGGAA